AUUGGUCUAUUUGUUAACACCAUUUACUGUUUGGACAAUGAGAUUAAUGUAAAAUACGAGCCAAACUGGGAAUCACUGGACAAACGGCCACUGCCUCAAUGGUAUGAUGAGGCAAAAGUAGGCAUUUUCAUACAUUGGGGAGUUUUCUCGGUGCCCGCCUUUGACAGCGAAUGGUUUUGGUCUGUUUUGACACAUAUUUUUAUAAUCCAUAUAAUUUAUAAUUGGGCGGCAAAGAAGCAGAAGAAUGUGGUCGAUUUUAUGACCCGUAACUACAGACCCGGGUUCACGUACGCAGACUUUGCCAAAGAAUUCACCGCCGAAUUGUUCGACCCUGAUAAAUGGGCUCAAUUGUUCAAAGAUUCCGGGGCCAAGUAUGUGGUGCUGACGAGCAAACAUCAUGAGGGCUACACUAUGUGGCCGUCAAAGACCUCCUGGAACUGGAAUGUCAUGGAUGUCGGGCCCAGACGUGACUUAUUAGGCGAUUUGGCCGUAUCUGUCCGUAAGACUGGCCUUAAGUUUGGUGCCUAUCACUCAUUGUUGGAGUUUUUUAAUCCACUCUUUCUCGCCGAUCAGAGCACUGGAUAUAAGACACAGGAGUUUGUCAAAGCCAAAGUAUUGCCAGAAAUGAAGGAAUUGGUCAAUACAUACAAACCGGACGUUUUGUGGUCAGACGGAGAGUGGGUCGCCGACGAUAAGUAUUGGAGCGCUACUGACUUCUUGGCCUGGCUUUACAACGAGAGUCCUGUUAAGGAUACGAUUGUUACAAAUGACAGAUGGGGUAGUAACACGAAAUGCAAACAUGGUGGAUUUUAUACAUGUCAGGACAGGUAUAAUCCGGGGGUUAUUCAAAACCGCAAGUUUGAAAAUGCCAUGAGUUUGGACCGCAACUCGUGGGGCUUCAGAAGGGAUGUGCAGUUAGACGCCUAUUUGAACAUGUGGGAUCUGAUUGAACAAUUGACCAAGACAGUUAGUUGCGGAGGAAAUCUGUUAAUAAAUAUCGGUCCGACGGCUGACGGAAGGAUUAAUUUGUUAUUUGAGGAGCGGUUGAGAGACUUAGGCUCUUGGCUUAAAGUGAAUGGAGAGGCCAUUUACUCGACUAAGCCGUGGAAACAUCAAAACGACACAGUUACACCGUAUACCUCAACGGAUAAGGCGGUGUAUUUGAUAUCAUUGCGAUGGCCGGACAAUAACAACGAGCAGGAGUUGGGAGCACUCGACCCGACCAUUGUGUCCAAAAUAGAGUUAUUGGGAGUUUCGGGUGAAUUGAAGUUUAGCCCGAAAGGCAAGGGAACUGUAGUGACAUAUCCACCCCUAACACCGGGAACGGCAUUAAAACACGCUUUUGUACUCAAAAUAUACACUAAA